AACACCAGCAAUUUUCCAGAAUAUAUAAACUUGGAAAGGUAGAGGAAGCGUUCAUUCAGUUCAAUUCAUUCAGUGGUUUCCCAGUAGUUAAAAGUCAGCUAUGUGGGCGACUACUCUUACAUUUUUAAUUUUGGCGGGUGCCGUACUAGGCGGGUACAAUCCAUGGCAAUCGAACAAGGAGUACACAUAUCAGAUUUACUCAACCACCAAAACAGGAAUACCAGAACUUCGACAACAAUACGCCUCGCUUCAGUCCCAGGGAAGACUAGUCGUUCAAACCGAGAAUAGUAACAACCCAGAUGUCCUUAUUGGGCAGGUGUUGGACCUCCAACAUGGUGAUCACAAUGGCGAUAUACCUGAUGUUGAAAAAAAUGAGCAGUCGAACUUGAAUGGGAAGUCAUUCCGCAUGCAAUUGGCUGGAGGAAUUGUUCAGUCCCUACAGGUUGACGAAUCCAUGUCCAAUGACGAGGUGAAUCAACUCAAGGGUAUCUUGUCUCAACUUCAAGUUGACAUUCGUGGUCAAAAUUUGAUGCCAUCACCGUACAACCAAUUGCCCAAUGUGCAGGAGAACGAUAUACCCUCAGGCCUGUACGAGGUCAUGGAACCUUCAAUCACAGGCCAGUGUCUAGUCGUUUAUGAAAUUUCUCCAGUAGCUGACUAUGCUGUACCAAGCCUUCAUGACCAUUGGGCUGAAAGUCAACCAGUGCCGGAAGGGAUGCCAGUUUUUCAGAUUGUUAAAACCAUGAAUUACAGUGAAUGUGACCUGAUCCGAAGUUAUCAUCACGGUGUUUCUGGAUGGAGUGAUAACCUUAACGUGGAGUCAAAUCAAAUUGGAGACUUUUUGUCCAGGUCCACGGUUAGUCGAAUCAUAGCAUCAGGAACCCCGGCUGAAUUCACUAUUAUGUAUUCCGAAUCGACAAUGCGUGUUGCAGCUGCUCCCGAGUUAUACCAAAAACAAACUACCUUGACGACCAGUAGCGUUGAGUUGGUUUUGACGCAGGUUUCGAACUAUGAGGCGCAACUUCCGAAACCUUCGAAUCCCAAAAAUGUUGGAAACCUCGUCUACCGCUAUGAUAUUCCCUCUGACAAAGUUAACCAAGCCCGGGUCGGAUCACAUCACAAUCGACGUUUAAACUCUGAAGACAAUAACCAACAGCAGUGGAAUCAAGGUUCCAACGAUGAAGACGAUAAUAACAGUUCAAAUCAAUCCAACGACGAUGAACCUCAGCAGUCAAGCCCAAAAAAUCGUAAUUGGCGCACAAAACGCUCAUCAUCGAAUCCAAACGCACAACAUGACAACUACUGGCAGCCAGCUCCUACAAUGAACCAGCCACCUGAGAAUCCAUUCCUUCCUUACUAUGUAGGCCACCAAGGACAUGCGAUUUACCAUGACCUCGAAGUAGCAGCAAAACUUAAAACUGUUGCUAAUGCCAUCAGCGAAGCCAUGGAAGAUAUCAACCGAAUCCCCAACAAUCAUGUCCUGGAAUACUACAAUAUACUAGCUGACCUAGUGGCUACAGCAAGUUUAAAGGACAUUGAAAAUGCUGCGAACUCACUUCAAAGACAUAGGUCUGGAAGUGAUGCACAGGAAGGACCAUGGCAAGUUCUCCGUGAUGCUGUAGCUGUCGCUGGAACUGGGCCAGCUGCACAAGCCCUAUCGCAAUGGAUAUCGUCGGGAAAACUAGAUGGAGAUGAGGCCGUUGCUGUCCUCGUUAUUCAACCAAAAGUAAUCCAGACCCCAACAAAAGAGAUGCUCUCGGCCUAUAUGAACAUGAUCCAAAGUAAAACAGUGUCCAGGCAACCAGAUGUUCACGCUGCUGCAUUGAUUUCUCUCGCUGAAAUUGUUGGACGAUCCUACUCCGAUCGACGAUAUGCUCGAAAUUAUUAUCCGGAAGACAGCUAUGGAUCAUUCCGUCAAAAUCUUAGCAAUAUCGUCCAUGGACAAGUGAUCGAAUAUCUGGGACAGUGGAUGGAUAAGGCAUUCCAAUCCGGAAACGAUCGUGACAUUCUGGUCAGCAUCAGGGCAUACGGAAAUCUAGGUCACCCAUCAUAUUUGGUGUUAUUCAAGAAAUAUUACGAAAGCCAGGAUGACAUCCCAGUAUAUCAGCGAACAGCUCUGGUAGCUGCGUUGGACUAUCUUGCUGUCUCACAUCCGGAACUAGCCCACCAUGUUCUCUACAAGAUUUACCAGAAUACCGCGGAGCAUCCCGAUGUUCGUUCAAUGGCGGUUUUGCUGUUGAUCAUGACAAAUCCACCUGCGGCUACCCUUCAAAAAAUAGCUGCAUUCACUCACCAGGAUCCCAGCUCUCAGGUACAAUCGAUCGUUAAAUAUGCUAUUGAGACUAUUGCCGACAUGACUGGUUCCAACGAGCGAGCUCAUAGAGCCCAGUUAGCCAGGAAGUUCCUCAAUCCUCAGGCAUACGGCAGCGGAACCUCUCGAUCCACCAUCUACGAGGAAACACUAAAACGGUUGAAUUACAAUCGCUACAAGCAUGUAACCGUUGUAACAAGUCCCAAUGGCCCCUUACCAGAGAGAGUCAGUAUCCACAUCAUCAAUAAGGUCGCAAGCAUGUAUAAAUCCUUCUUCCAAGCUGAUCAAAGCGUAUCAAACAUUGGGGAAUUAUUGAAGCGCUUCUAUAAGCUACAAGCUCCUGAUUUGGAUCGCGGAAAUACAGCCGAAAAAAUCGUGACCAGCCCACACAACCAGAACUUGAACUACGAUAUGCUUCCAAACAUUCCAUUACCUCCAGGAUGUGAACCUCUCCUGGCGCAAUUGCAGAGCAUCUUGGACGUACAACAGGUCUCUACUCCAGCCCCCGGUAGGCGAACAACAGGUAAUAAAAGGAACCCUUGGAUUGCUCCUCAGCCAGUAGAACAGAAUCAAAAUGAACGUCUGCAAGCGCAAAUCCAUUACACUUACUUCGGAGGACAGAGGUAUCAAGCCUUUGACCAGAAAAUGGUUGACAGCUUGCCUAAUGUAUUGAAUGAUAUGUUGGAGCAGUACAAAAACGGUCGAAGCAUUCAUUUCACCAAACUCUACAAAGCAGACACAGUUACUAUCGCGUUUCCUUUAGUAACAGGAUAUCCAUAUGUUUACAGCUGGGACAAACCAUCUCUGGUACUCGCUCAUGGGGAAGUUAAAGUCCAAACGAACAAACCUAUCACAGACGGUGAAACUCCAGCCAUCUACGUUCCAGACACCAUCAACGUGACAACUCGUAUCGAUGUCCUUUAUAGUAGCGAUCAUAUCACCCAAGCAGGUUUCCUUACUCCAUACAAUGGCAGACACUAUGUUGCCGGACAUGUUCGAAAGGAGAUGUAUCGUCUGCCAAUAUAUUUGGACGUUGAUGCUGACUUGGUCUCCAAGAAUGUUAGAGGUGCACUGGAGUUGACCAGUCCGUCUACGCUGCUGCACUUAAGUUCAACUCCAUACACAAAUAUAAAGGAUGCAUUUAGCCUAACUCCCGAUACUGUCGAAGGAUCAGGUGCCAUACCGAUCAGUGCUCGCCAAAGUAAGGUAGUCAACCGUUAUCUUGGUGUGAAUACCACUGGCCUAGUUUUGAACAUUCACGGGUACUACCAAACUCCACGCAAUAUUUACGGUCCUAUUCCAUUCCUCGUAGGAGGCGUUCCCAAAAGCAAUCUGUUGGACGUCUUCACAGAUCCCAGUGAGGGACUUGAGCUAUAUCAAAUUGAAGUUUCUUACGACAAUACCAAGACGAAAGCUGAUGGAGUUAUGUUUGGAUUUGGCAUAAAAUCAGGAGUCAUUCGCAAACCAGAACAAGGAAGGGUAGGUGUGUCACCAUACAGUGUCCUGAAAGAGACCGCAGAGCCAGCACAUCCAGGAGUUGCAUUCCUUCAACCUAUCGAUCAGCUCUUUGAAUUGAUCACUCCAAACAUCACUAACGGCUAUGCAACAGUCGCGUCUGCAUGGGUCGCCCUAAUCGGAAAUGGACAUCAAUCGGUCUAUGAGGGUGUUGGCUCCUAUGCAACCUCCCGGCCAGGCGGGUUUGCCAGUUUCACAGCUGGUUUCCGAAGGAACGAAUUGAAUUACUACAACGAAAAGCAAUACUGCACAGGAGUGGACAUUAUUGAACGUGGCAACUCAGAGUAUGCAUCAAGCAGUGUCGAUCAAGCCGUGGAGGAGGAACGUGAACUUGGUAUUCAAUUCCGUCUUACCGUAGGACCUAACUGUGUCCUGGGUGACAAAAAUGAGUACAACUCCGAAGUCAUAGCUUUGGCUGUUUUGAAUCAAACCGCGGAUUACGAGCAAUAUGUCCUGCAAAGCUCAGAAGCACUUCAAUGUAAACGUGACUCAAAGCAUGGAAACAACCAAUCACCGGCUUGCCGAAGUGUUAUUAAGGAUCUUCGCGUCCCUAAUUAUAUGAACUUCAGACUACAUCAGGUGGGAAGCCAGCAAUAUGUCCAGGAUAUUCUGGAGGUCCUUGCCUGGCCGCAGAAUAAUCCUAUAAUUCGGGAUGCGAUCCUAAGUGCAAAACGAAUUGAGCCUUUAAGUGGAAGCCUGCUACUGUCUCCUGACACCAACUCUUUUGACGGAGUGGUCAACUUUAGAGGGAAUGACUACGAAGUGCACGAUUUGAGGACUUCUCCAUUGCUGAGGAAGGUAGCAUUUGGCGAGAAGGUCUACGAUGAUCUUCCACUGAACGCAUUGAUUCCUCGAGGAUCGGAAUGUGUUAUUGACAGAAAAUCAAUGACUACCUUCGACCAGACUGUGAUCAACGAAUCAAUUGGACGCUGUCUCUAUAUUGCGGCACAAACGGUCGACCAACUGCCUGAUUCCGGAUACCCAUCUAAACCACGCUCGCAGAUUCGCAACAUUACAGUUAUGGUUGCUGACGAAAGUGGUGAAGCCUAUAAUCGUCAGAUCGGCAUUCAAUUUUAUACCGGUGAAAGUGGAAGACCUUCAUUGUUGCAGGUCCGUGGACGGGGCGCCGGUAUGAGACCACUGGCCACUCUCACGCGUGAUGAAGAAACAUCCGUGGUGGAUCCAAUGACACAUGUGGAAGUCGUUGCUGAUGGAGUUGUCCGUCUUCACGUUUAUCCCCAAACUGCUGCUGAUGACACAGUGGUAGUAAUUGACUUGCAUGACGGUAGUAUGAGGGUGGUUUUCAACGGUGAUUGGCUUGUCAUUCAAGCUGAUUCUAGCUACCAGAACCGAGUACGUGGACUGUGCGGCCAGAACGAUUUGGAACCUUAUACAGACAAGCAGUCACCUAACAACUGCAUCUUCCGAAACAAUAAAUAUUUCAUCAACUCAUGGGCCAUUCCAGAUGAUAACGAUGUAGACUGCCAAACCGAAGUGCGAGAAAGUCUGGCUCGAUCUCGUGAGGAUCAAUGCGAUCCUAUUCAGUACGUUCGAAAUGAGGUAGUCAACAGGUACGAGGCUUCAGAAGGAGGCAAUCAGGAUUACGAUUUGGCCUCAUCCCAGUCUUCUGGACGUUCUCAUGCCAGAUGUGUACUCCGCAAUCAAAUUCAACAGGUCCAAUCCCAUGGGCAAACCUGCUUCAGCAGUGAACCAUUGGCCACCUGUCCACAACAUUGUAACGCGGGCAGUCGUCAAAGGCGCAAGGUCUCGGUGAAAUGUUAUAACAACAAUGAUCCAAUGGUUCGUCUGCAUAGACAGUCUAUUGCCAAGGGUCAUACCAAAUUGAUGUGGGGUAAACAUGCUGUUGGUAAAACCCUUGAGUUUGCUGUACCGACAAAUUGCCGUAGUGACUGGGGCCAAGCCUAGUGGAUUUCAUUUUGGAGCCUCCUAUGUUCUGAGGCAUUUUAGGUUUUACGAGAGCAAAUGUGAAAAAUAUAAAAAAAAUAUCAUGAAGGAUGUAUAUAAGGAGUUACUGUACUAGUUGGUAUUUAUUAUGGAUAGAUAAAUAUAUGAUUUAUAAAGCAAUAAG